AUGACCAGCCCUCCGAUAAAAGAUGUUUUGACGGCUGAGGAGACGCUCCCCGCCCUUCUCUGCGGCCGUGACUGGAGCUUCGACGGCGGGGAGCAGCGUUUGCGCUUUCGGCACAAUGGUGGUGGUGAGCUCCACCUUUGCGGCGACCAGCGCGGUUUUCUCGCCUUGGAACUGAUGUGGCGCCUCGUCAGCAACCCGGACACGGAAAAAGAAAAAGCAAAAGCAACGCACACUAAGCGGGCGAGGGGCGAGGUUGCGGAGUUUGCGAUCGAGAUGACGCUGCUCCCGCGCUGUGUGCCGGAGUACUGUGCGUAUUUCGCACGGGGCUACGACGGCCAGCCCGACGCGCACGCCGCCGCGCAGCUCCUGCCCGCAGCCUUCGCGCCUCGCACGUUUAGCUGCGUUCUCGAGAAGGGCAGCUUCGCGGCGGGGAGCGAGCCAAAGGCGCGGGGGCUGUGGGGGUGGGGGUGGCAGAGGCAGUCGUUUGAGCAGGGCGUUUUUGCGCUGCGGUUGAGGUUUUUGCCCCAAGGGCCUUUUCCGGACAACCUAAAGCACAGCAGUCCGAACCCGCACUUCCUCACCCGCCUCCUUCCCCAGGCCCCCGCCAAAGCUUAA